UUUACUUCCGGCAGCAGGCUGUGGAGCCAUGGCUGCCCUUCUCCGAGUUGUGCCUAGAUUUCGGGGAAAAGCUGCGUGGGAAAGGCCUCUCCAUGGGCUGUGGUGCUGCAGUGGGCAGGAGGAUCCUAAGAGGUGGGUGGGGAGCAGGUCACCCACCUCGAAGGAGAAACCACCAAACCAAGAGACUGAGAAAUUCUGGAUGUUUUACCGUUUUGAUGCCAUCAGAAUCUUUGGGUUCCUGUCUCGACUGAAGUUGGCACAGACUGCCCUGACAGUGGUAGUUUUGCCACCAGCCUAUUACUGGUACUCCCAGGGCCUCCUGACUCUCAACACCGUGUGCAUGAUGAGUGGGAUAUCGGGCUUUGCCCUGACCAUGCUGUGCUGGAUGAGCUAUUUCUUUCGGAGACUGGUUGGUAUCCUGUAUCUGAAUGAGUCUGGCACCAUGCUGCGGGUGGCCCAUCUGAGCUUCUGGGGCUGGCGGCAGGACACAUACUGUCCCCUGGCAGAUGUGAUUCCCCUGACAGAAACCAAGGACCAGCCUCAGGAGAUGUUCAUGCGUAUCCAGCGGUACAGUGGGAAACAGACCUUCUACGUCACCCUGCGCUAUGGACGCAUCCUGGACAGAGAGCGUUUCACGCAGGUGUUUGGGAGACAUCAGAUGUUCAAGUAAACAACUGGGGCCUGGACCUCUGGGUAACCCUGGGUCGCCUGGAUUGACAGGAAGGCUGAGGGUGUGGGCACGGCUGAAGAAAGGGGAUUGGGUACUUGGAGACUUUGCCUGGGCCCCUGGGAACAUGUGUUUUGUGAUGAAGAAAUUCACAAGGCAAGAGCUGGUGUCCAGGUUUAGGAAAAAGGCUCUAAGCAAGUUCUUACAGCACUCGUUUGUGACAUUCAGUCAGAUAAUGGCCAGAAGUGUUUGUUAAGAGCCAGUUCUUAGAAGAACCUAUGCCAGGGUCACCCAGACAGUCCAUUGGUGUGAAAUUGAAAGGCAAAGAGGUGUGGUGGGGGAGCAUAGGAUUUGAAGUCAGAAGUCUCAGUUCUGUCACUUGUCCUGGGGGGGGUUAUUGAGUCUCUUUGAACCUUGGUUUUCACAUCUGUAAAAUGGAAAGUCCUGCUUGUUUCGUGGGAUGGAUGUGGGAAUAAAUGUCAAACGUGUGGCAGACUCAGCAGCCUAGAGCAGAUAGCAUUAAGCAUUUGGUCAGAGGUUUUGGCAUGGAGAAAGGCUUCGAGCAGUCAGCAGGGACUUCCAGAGCCCUGUGCUGUGCCCCUCACACAUCCAGCAGCAGAAAGGUCUGCCAGGAUGUUAACUACACAUCGAUGAGCAGCAAUGUCGUCCAAGUGAGCACGAAACCCCAUUUGAGAUUUGUUCACCACCCUGAGGUCUAGAGGCUCUUGCUUUGGAUGGCCCUGCAGUGUAAUAAAGCCUAAUGGACCG